GUUGAAGGUAAUAACGUGCUCAAGUGGACUCAUUUGUUUCUAUUAGUUUUACCUGCAGGAAGGUAGCGCUUUGUUCCUUCGUAUUAGCCGAAAUGCCGGCUCGUUGCAUCGCUGGAUAUUGCUCAAACACUCGGGAGGAUGGAUUUACCCUUCACAAGUUUCCAAGAGACCCGGAUUCGUUCUGAAAACUGGUUUGCACGGGUGAAAAGCACAAGAGCUUCGUGGGUUCCAAAUGACAGGUAGGUGUGUGUGUAUACAGCUACUUAAAAAAAAAAUAAUAGUUUGGGGGGACCACGUAAUUCGUCUCUCAUAACGUAACAAAAGAUCCGCGUAUGUAUGAUGGGUGCUGAAUGUGUUGAUGUGCGCAUCGAACAGCUUCCGCGUCGGGCUCGCCGGCCAAGCUGGUAAGAAGAAGGAAGAAGUGAUCCACAUAUCAUCUAAAUAUGGCUGGAAACAAUAGGAUAAUCUUGCCCCGGACACUUCACUCCAUUGUGAGAUAUUCUCCUUUUGAAAAGAGCUUCCGUGUCUCAUAGUAUUUUGGUGGACAACCUGCCGGCCAAGCCCAGGCUGGCUCAUACAUACUGUCUGGGAAUCUGUUGUUAGUUAGAAGUGAUCCGCAUAUCAUCUAAAUAUGGCUCGAAACAAUAGGAUAAUAUAUUCCCCGGACACUUCACUCGAUUGUGAGAUGUUUUCUUUGAAAAGAGCUUCCGUGUCUGAAGAGGCAUGUCCCGUAGUAGGUGGCACAGCGUGUUUUCAAUGGCGAAUGUCCGGGUGACGUCAUGGGCAGUAGAUGCAACCAUUAUGUUGACCACUUGGAUGUCGAACGACACUUCCGCAACUUUGCGCACGGAUGACUCGCUCUCUGCACAUAUUUAUUUUUUCGUAUGGACAUUGAAGUGAAUGUUAUAUGGAUUGUUCAUUUCAAUAUCUAUUUUAGAAUGUUUAUAGGGACGACACCUGACCUUUAAAUGAAUGUUUGUUUAAAAAGUAAUGCUUACGGUGUCGCUGAAUGGCAAUGCAGAGUGUUCGCGUUACACUGAGUAAAAUUUUUAUCAUGUCUAGUGAAAGAUGGUUCAAGAUGUUAAAUGUUUGAUGGCUGACAUGAUGUGGUCAUCAAAAAAAAAUUUCCACCACUUUUAAAAAUUAACAUCCUUACUUGCUGUGCAUCACUUAAAAAAAAUGAAUAACUUAAUGUGUUUCUCAAGGUCUUUUAUAGUUUAAUGCAUCCAGUUGAUAGGAGCGUAUAGAAUGUCUAGUGUGGAUCAGUUUUCCCGCAGAGCCAUCUGACCCCAGAACCUCCAGUGAGGUCAGGUGACCACCGGUCUUACCUGGCGCUCCAGACUCCCUCCGGUGCAGAGGCUUUCGCUUACUACCGAGGAUGUCGUCCGUCGCCAAGACUUUCUACGACCUGAAGGCCACCACGCUGGAGGGGGACCCGGUGGACUUCAACGUGUACCGCGGGCGGGUGGUGCUGAUCGAGAACGUGGCGUCGCUCUGAGGCACCGCCGGCCAGGACUUCAGCCAGCUCAAGUGGCUCCAGAACAAGUACCGCCAUCGACUUGUGGUCCUGGCCUUCCCCUGUAACCAAUUUGGGUAUCAGGAGAAUUGUAGCAACGGUGAGAUCCUAAAUUCCCUGCAGCACGUGCGUCCGGGUGGAGGAUUCCAGCCCAACUUUACCAUCUUCCAGAAGUGCGACGUCAACGGAGUCAACGCGCAUCCCGUCUUCGCUUAUCUCAAAGAAAAACUCCCAUACCCCGCCGACGACCCCGACACGCUCAUGGAGGACCCCAAAUUCCUGAUUUGGAGCCCCGUCAGCAGGAGCGACAUAUCGUGGAACUUUGAGAAAUUCCUCAUAGCGCCCGAGGGAGAGCCGUUUAAAAGAUACAGCAGGAAGUUCCCCGCCGUUGACAUUGAGCCUGACAUUCAGCGAUUGUUAAAAUUAACUAAAGGUUAAGAAUGCGGACUUUUAACACUGCACGUUUAGGUCUUAUUUCAUGAAGGUGAUAUUGUGAAACUCAGCAGAGAUAUCAUCUGAAGUUUUUUAAGUGCUUAAAUGAAGUGGUAACGUCACGUUUUCUUCAAUUCAAUUCAAUCUUAAUGGCAAUAGGAGUUGAUCAACUAUGGCGUGCUCUGACUUCCGACAAACUCCGAACACACCGUAGUUGGGAGAAAAAUACCAACCCUUAAAACCAAAUGAAAAUUGGAUUUUUUUUUUCUUAUAAAAUUACAACUUUCUUCAAGUACGAUACUUUUUUUCUUGUUUAAAAAAAUCAGAUUGACAUUUCCCCCCUCCUAAGAAUUAUUUUUUUUUUACCUUUUGCUGUCAGAUCACAACAUAAACAUUCAAGUACAGUAAAAUUAUCAUGCUUUCUUCCCCUAAGAUUGCAACUUUUGUGUAAGUGUGUUGUGGCGCAGAAAUAUGUUGGAAUAGUACAGGACAUGUAUGAGGGCAGCAGAAGAGUGGUGAGAUGAAUUUAAGGUGGAGGUGGGACUGCAUCAGGCCCUUCCCGUUUGUGGUAGUCAUGGAUAGGCUGACAGAUGAGGUUAGACUGGAAUCCCCUUGGACUACAAUGUUCGCAGAUGAUAUUGUGAUCUGCAGUGAAAGCAGGGAGCAGGUGGAGGAACGAUUAGAAAGAUGGGGGCAUGCAUUGGAAAGGAGAGGAAUGAAGAUUAGCCGAAGUAAAACAGAAUAUAUGUGCGUGAAUGUGAGGGGUGGAGUAGGAAGAGUGAAGCUCCAGGGAGAAGAGAUAGCUAGGGUGAACGACUCCAAAUACUUGGGGUCAACAAUACAGAGCAAUGGAGAGUGUGAUAAGGAUGUGAAGAAACGGGUCCAAGCGGGUGGAACAGUUGAAGGAAGGUGUCUGGUGUUCUAUGUGACAGAAGAGUCUCCGCGAGGAUGAAGGGCAAAGUUUAUAAAACAAGUGGUGAGGCCGGCCAUGAUGUACGGAUUAGAGACGGUGGCAAUGAAGAGACAACAGGAAGCUGAACUGGAGGUGGCAGAAAUGAAGAUGUUGAGGUUCUCGCUCGGAGUGACCAGGUUGGAUAGGAUUAGAAAUGAGCUCAUUAGAGGCACAGCCAAAAGUUGGAUGUUUUGGAGACAAGCAGACCUGGAUGGUUAGGCAGGUUCAGAGGUGAGAGAGAGACUAUAUUGGUAGAAGGGUGCUGAGGAUGGAGCUGCCAGGCAAAAGAGCGAGAGGAAGACCAAAGAAAAGGUUGAUGGAUGUUGUGAGGGAGGACAUGAGGUCAGUUGGUGUUAGAGAGGAAGAUGCACGAGAUAGCCUGAGAUGGAAAAAGAUGACACGCUGUGACGACUGCUAACGGGACAAGCCGAAAGGAAAAGAAGAUUGCAACUCUUGUUUGCUGACUUUAUGACAAAGUAACAUGGCUUUUACAUGUUCGAUUACUUAAUUCACAUAAAGCCGUUCGUAACCCCUGAAAAUGUCGUAUGUCCCUUCCGUCGUAAACCGACAAACUCCUAAAUAAAGUAGAAGUAUGUCAAUCAUCUGUCAUGUUUAUUCUGCUUAUGUCCAGCAGAUGGCGCCAUAUACUUGAUUAAACUCCUUGAACCAA